AUGGCGCCAGGAAAGAAGAAUCUCAAGGCGACCAAGAAGUUCGAGAAGAGACAUCUCACAGGUGUCCUCGACAAGCGGAAAGCAGGCGCCAAAGUCAAGCAGCGCCAUCAGAUGCAGGACAAGAAGAAGUCCUCCAAGUCAAAAGAUGCAGAGUUCUACAAAGGCUCCAAGGAAGGAGAGGAUGGAGAGGCCAAGAAGCCCAGUGCUAAGGGCAAGAAGAUCAACGACAUGAGCGUCGACGACUUUUUCUCAGGCGGUUUCGAUGAAAUUAUUGACAGCAAGGAUAAGAAGGCCGGCAAGCUUGGAAAGCGCAAGAGGGAUGGCCGCGCCGCCGGUGACAAUGAAGCCAGUGAUUCUGACGACGCAAUUGGCGCGCAGCCUGUCGUGAGCGACAGCGACGACAAUGCUGAUGAGGACGCCGACAUGGGCAUGAGCAAGAAGACCAUGGACGAGCUCGCCGAGAAGGACCCCGAAUUCUACAAGUUCCUCAAGGAAAACGACCCCGAGGUCCUGGACUUUGACGACAAUGCCGAUCUGUCAGAGGUGGAUGCGCUUAGCGGUGACGACGAUGAGGAACAAGAAGAGGAGCAGCCUAAGAAGAAGAGAAAGAAGGAGGCCAAGGGCGAGCCUGUUGCGCAAGGAAACGAGUUGACCCGUGAGCUCGUUGCCUCAUGGAGGAAGGCUAUGGCUGAGAGGCACUCUCUAAAGGCCGCUCGACGUGUUGUUCUGGCGUUCCGUUGCGCCGCGCACUUGAACGAGGACGAUGAGGAGAACCCACAGCGAUAUGCCAUCAACAGCCCUGAGGUCUUCAACGACAUCCUGCUCCUUGCAUUGAAGGAGAUCCCCACGGUUAUGAACCACCAUCUUCCUGUUAAGGAGUCGGCCUCCGGCAGAGUCCACGUCCAGACCGAGACCAAGAAGUUCCACACCCUGUCUCUGCUCCUAAAGACAUACACAUCGUCCAUCAUGCACCUCCUCAGUACACUGUCCGAUGACAAGACCCUGAAGCUCACCAUCUCAUCUAUCACACCCAUCCUCCCCUACCUCCUCUCCUUCAAGAAGCUCAUCAAGGCUCUUGCCAAGUCUGUCGUCAACUUCUGGGCCCAGCCUGCCAGUUCCGAGACGACAAAGAUCACAGCAUUCCUCGUCCUACGACGUCUCGUCGUUAUCGGCGACAAGGGCAUUCGCGAGACUGUCCUCAAGUCGGUUUACCAGGGUCUUAUCCAGGGCUGCCGUGUCACAAACCCCAACACUAUCCAGGGCAUCAACCUCAUGAAGAACUCUGCUGCUGAGCUCUGGGGUAUCGACCAGGCUGUUGGUUACACAACUGCCUUCUCCUUCAUCCGACAACUCGCCAUUCACUUGCGUAACAGCAUCGUGCACAACAAGAACGACGCCUUCCGUAUCGUCUACAACUGGCAGUACACCCAUUCUCUGGAUUUCUGGUCCUGCGUCCUCGCCGAGCACUGCAGUCCCAUGAAAGAGGCCGAGGCUGGAAAGGAGAGUCAGCUCAAGCUCCUCAUCUAUCCUCUCGUUCAAGUCACACUCGGAGCCAUGCGUCUUAUCCCCACUGCCAUCUACUUCCCCUUCCGCUUCCACCUUAUCCGAUCACUUCUCCGAAUCUCUCGUGCCACCGGAACUUUCAUCCCUCUCGCCUCUCCCCUUCUCGAGGUCCUCACUUCAGCUGAGAUGAAGAAGGCCCCCAAGGCCGCUUCCCUCAAGCCCUUCGAGUUUGCCACAGCAUACAAGGCGCCCAAAUCCUACCUCCGUACCCGCGUCUUCCAGGAUGGCGUCGGCGAGCAACUUGUCGAGCUUUUGGGCGAGUACUUCCUCCUCUGGGCCACCUCUGUCGCCUUCCCCGAGCUUGUUCUCCCCGUUAUCAUCCAGCUCAAGCGUUGGCUCAAGCAAGCCCGCAACAAGUCCUCGGGCAACAAGAACGCCAAGCUCGCUGGACAACUGAUUCUCCUUGUCCAGAAGCUCGAGGCAAACGCCAAGUUCAUCGAGGAGAAGCGCGCCAAGGUCGAGUUUGCCCCCAAGGACCGCGCUCAAGUCGAGGCCUUCCUGCGUGACUUCGAUAUCGCCAAGACACCUCUAGGGGCCUAUGUUAUCGGCCAGCGCAAGGCUCGUGCUGAGCGUGCCAAGCUGCUCGAGGAGGCCAGGAGAGAGGACGAUCGCAAGAGACGAGAGGAUGAGAAGGCCGAUUUGCAAGAGCAAGCGGAGGGCGAGAGUGAAGAUGGCGAGGAUGAUGACGAGGACGAGGAGAUGGAAGAUGAGAACGGCGCUGCUGACAGCGACGAAGAGGAUGACGAAGAGUAG